UUAUCGCUAGCAGACUAACACAAGUGGUUAAAUUCUAUUGAUCGACCACCAACGAGCAGUGAAGAACAGCAAAGCUACACAAUACUAAGUGUAUCAACGGCUCAUGGCUUCAAGCAUAAAAUUGAUAGAAAAUGAGUUUGAUGGACUGGACGCUGACCCCGUCAAAAUAACAAUUUUUAAAUUGCAACUUAUUGAAAUGGCUCGACAGGCUACAAAAAUCCUCUACUUUUUCUAUGAAAAUUUUUUCAAUCCUAGAAAGAAGGUCUUUCGAUACGGAAGUUCGAUCCGCAGAGUCUCUGUAAAAAUGGUUUGUUGUUGCACACCGGGAUGUAUCCGUUGCUUCCUGAUUUUCUUCAAUAUUUUAUUGGCGAUUGCUGGUGGAGCUCUAGUUUUCAUUGGUGCUGUAAUUCAAUGGAAUAUUUACGCAUUUAGUGAAUUCCUGACAGGCAUUAUAUCAGCCCCCGGAAUUAUAUUGAUGGUGGUUGGAGUUGCUCUGGUGAUUGUUGCCAUCAUUGGUUUCUGUGGGGCCGUAACUGGAUCAGGCUGGGUCUACAUCAUUUCUUUGUGCAUUAUUAUUGCAUUGGAACUUGCGGGAGGAGUUUUUGCUCUAACCCUUCAAGACGAAAUUGACGCGGCGAUCAUGAAAGCCAUGAAGGAGCUAAUGCCUCUUUACACUAAUACAGGACCAGAGGGCCAAGUCGCAAAAGAAGCGUGGAACGCCAUUCAAAAGAGCUUUAAGUGUUGCGGCGUUGAAAGUCCUCAAGACUGGUUGCAAGUUCCAGGUCUCGAAACUCCACCCGACUCAUGUUCGUGUAACCCUAUAACCGGAUCCUCUUGCAGCAUCGAUGGAAUUUACGAAAAGGGAUGCUACACUUUGGUCAGUGGAUGGUUUAGACUUGUGGAAACUGUUCUCGGAACUUUGGCCAUCGGUUUUGCCAUAGUACAGCUCAUCUCGGCGAUAUUUGUGUGCGUUUGCAAAGGGAUGUGCAAAUGCUGCUGCUGAUGAUUUAACUCUAAAAAGUUCAUAACAAAUUUUUAUGCAUUGAUGUAAAUUGUAAAAUAUCGUUAAGUUUAUUUUGUGGAUCUCAAUGUUCAAGAAACGUUUUGCUCAAACCCGAAAGAUAAGAAAAUAAAGUUUUGUGUGUUAAAUUAACAUAGAAAAAUUGAAAAUAUCGUUUAGUUUUCGGUUGGGCUUGGUGAAAAAAUAUCUGUAUUUAAACGUAUUAAAUAUACAUAAUAAAAUGAAUUUAAAUGCA